UAACUAUUAAAUAAAGAAAUAAAGAAAAUAAGUUAAAAAUUAACCAAAAAAAGCCACAAAAUGGCGGUGCUUAGCUCAAUAGACGAAGAUAAAGAAGAGAUUCACUUGGACACAGUUUUGGGCAAACUUGGUGCAUUCGGGAAACACCAGGUGGCGACACUGUUCAUGUUGGCUCUAGUGUACGCCACGGGAACUAUGUAUAACGUCAAUUAUGUAUUUGCUGUUGAGGAGGUGCAUUAUCGAUGUAGACUACCGAAUUGCGAGAGCAACACCAGUUUCUGGGUCCCGUGGCUCAACACAUCUUCACCAGACUCCACAGAGGAGGGCAUCAAGCAAUGUACAAGAUACCAGCUCGUUGGAGACAGCUGUCCACCUGUCUUCGGUGAUAGCGGGGAGGUGUGCCAGGAGUGGGUGUAUGAGGACCCUCACAGCUUUGUGGCAGAGUUCGGGCUAGCAUGCGAAGAGUGGAAGCGGGCAUUGGUGGGCACGGCGCAUAUCUUCGGGAACAUGCUAGGAUUGCUCGUGCAGGGACAAAUCUCUGACAGGUUCGGAAGAAAGACGGCAGCAGUUUUCUCAGGCACCAUGGGAGGAGUUAUUGGUAUAGUCAAGAGUUUUGCUACUUCCUACUGGCCAUACGUGGUCUUGGAGGCGCUUGAAGCAGCCAUAGGAGACGCACUUAGCCCCAUGUUUAUGCUCAGCAUCGAGAUCGUAGCAAAAGAAAAGGCGGUUCUAUACCAGAUGAUUCUCCUGAACGUGGCUACCUGCGGUCUAAUCAUUCUUCCCUUCAUCUCCUGGGCCGUACCUUAUUGGAGAUACUUCCUUCGUGUCAUCUACGCGCCCGCCCUCAUUCUCCUUACCUAUUCCUUCUUCCUUGAUGAAAGCAUCCGCUGGCUUUUCAGCAAAGGCAAGAAGGAACGUGCUAUCAAAAUCAUAGAAAAGAUUUCUAAAAGGAACAAUGUUACUAUAGACAAGCAGAUGCUUAAUAAACUAGACUAUAAAGAAGAAGAAGAAUCCACUGAUUUCAGCGAUUGGAAGUUGUUGUUGAAGACGUUUAAAUCUAGGAUUAUGAUGCAGAGAUUCUUAGUGUGUAUGGUGUGGUGGUUUACAAUAACGUUGAUAAACUAUGGGAUGAUGAUAAGCUCAGUGUCGUUUGGUGGGAAUAAAUAUGUGAACUUUGCGUUGCUGAUGCUGAUGGAUAUACCAGCGAAUGUUUUCUAUUGGGUGGCGUUGUCGAAGUAUAGGAGGAAGAUGCCGCUGCUGCUGUCGUUUCUGGUUGGAGGCGUGUUCUGUGUUGCGCAGCCUUUUGUACCAUCAGAUUACGCAUGGGCGGGGCUGACACUGCUGAUGGCCUUCGAAAUGCUAGCCACCUUUUCCUACAACAUCGUGUACAUGUACAGCUCUGAGCUGUUCCCGACCUACACGAGGAACUCUUUGGUUGCCGUCUGCUCGUCGGUGGGAAGAGUGGGAGCUUUGCUUGCCCCACAGGCACCUUUAUUGAUGACGUAUUGGGUCGGCUUCCCCCCUCUGGUCUUCGGAUCUCUAUCUCUCCUGUGUGGUGUAUUAACCCUACCGAUGCCCGAAACAGCAGGCUGCGAGCUACCCGACACCAUUAAAGAGGCCGAGAGAAUCGGCAAGAAGAAGAAGACAGAGUUUCAGGAGGAAAUGGGAAUGCUUGAAAAACCAGUCACGUAAAUGAUAUUCAGAAGAGUUAAGCAGAGUGAACAGAUUCUAAUGAACUUUCUUGGAACCAAACAAGUCUUGUAGUCUAUGCUUUAUUUUUCUUUGGAUUUAGCCUUCGAGCAACACCGAGAAGGGUGUCGGCACUAUUUCCCCUCUGUCGAAACAUAUGCCGUGGGGCUUAGUCAAUUCGUGUAAAAAGAUAUGUCCUAUAAUAUUUAUUUAUUUAUUUAUUAUUAUUUAUUAUAUGCCCAACUGCCCCAACUGUGCAUGCACACAACUAGCGCGGUGCGUGUUGUGACUCGUCCGUACACAAAAAGAGAUCGCGGUGUGCAAGAUUUGUCUUUCGGCUCGAUUCGGAAAACGAAUUAGAUUUCUACUAGACUUCAACAAGUUACGAUACGGAUAAUUUAAAGAUAUUUGUAAGAUAGAUAUGUCAAAUUUGACGUUUCCGCGAUUCUGGAGGUCCUCUUGAACGAUUUCGACAAAUUAUGACUUAGAUAUCCAAGUCACAUCUAGUCGAUAUCUAAUGUAGAUCUAGUUGAUAUCUAAAUCGUCUCAAGAUCUUGUGAUUAUCUCGAAAUCCGAAUAGGCCUGUAAGACUUGUGUCAUUUUCUGUACGAUAGAUAUCGCUUGGGCUCCUCAGCCGGUGUUGCUCGAAGGAUUUGCCAUAAUCUAAGGACAUUUAGUUUUUAAACAUUUGCACAGUUUUGGGUUUAUUCUCUUUGCAGGACAUGGUAAAAGUGAUUAUAGUGGAUGGUUUUACAAGCUUUUUGUGAAUGGGUCAAAACAUAUUUCAGAAAAAAGUAACUUCUGUGGACAAAGCAUCAAAAUGUACGUUCCGGGUCGCAUGGAUGGAUUGUAUUAUGUUGUUAUUGUUGUAAUAGUAUUUAAGAAUGAAUUGUGAUGUGACCGAGGAAAUGAAAAAUAAAUGUAUUAUAGUUCGUUUUUUAGCAUUAGAAAAAAGGUAAAGAAUCUUGACGUGUCUUUUUAUUGGGAAACACUUUUGAAAAAUAAGUCACGGCAAAUAUGUAACAAUUAUGAAUCAUAUACGGUUGUUUAC